ACGAGCUCGGCAACACAAAACCUCAAGACUAUCUUUCAGCACAAAUGGCUGACGCUGCACGAGGACGUGGUGGAUUUGGACGUGGACGUGGUGAUCGGGGUAGAGGUCGCCGUGGACCUCGCAGGGGUGGCCGCAAGGAUGAAGAAAAGGAAUGGGUCCCCGUCACCAAGUUGGGUCGUCUCGUUAAGGAUGGCAAAAUCAAAUCGAUGGAAGAAAUUUAUCUCUUCUCUCUUCCUGUUAAAGAAUUCCAGAUCGUCGACUUCUUCCUACCAAAACUCAAGGACGAGGUCAUGAAAAUCAUGCCUGUACAAAAGCAAACUCGGGCCGGUCAGCGUACCCGUUUCAAGGCUUUCGUUGCUAUCGGUGAUUUCGACGGACAUGUUGGGUUGGGUGUCAAAUGUGCGAAGGAAGUUGCCACUGCUAUUCGUGGUGCUAUCAUUCUGGCCAAACUUUCCGUCAUCCCCGUACGGAGAGGUUACUGGGGUGCAGCUCUUGGUGAGCCACACACCGUGCCAUCAAAAGUUAGCGGGAAGGUCGGAUCAGUCAUGUGUCGUCUCAUCCCCGCACCACGGGGUACCGGUAUUGUGGCUGCACCUGCUUCGAAACGAUUGCUACAACUUGCUGGUGUGGAGGAUUGCUAUACGCAAUCAAAGGGUUCUACUGCAACGAUGGGUAACUUCCUCAAAGCCACCUUUGCUGCUAUCACCAAAACUUACUCGUUCCUUACACCCGAUCUAUGGCGCGAGAUCCCUGUUUCGAAAGUGCCAUACGACGAGCACAGUGCUCACUUGCAGCUUUCGGCGGGCAAGAAAGCGUAUUAGGUACUAGGGCGUUGUCAUUACGACUGUUAUGCAUGUACUUUCGUGAAAACUUUGCAG